UGGGAACUGGGGCGAAAAUGCCCAGUGUGAAAAAAAAAAUUGCGACGCCCGGGCCUCCGGGUCUCCCCGGCCUCCCCGCGCGCGGCCGACCAGUCCGGACGACUGGAGAUGCGACUCGACGCCGGUAGCGGACAGCUCGUGCUUCACGGACACGCACGUCAGCCUGGACGGGCGCCACGCCGGACGGUUCGUGACGGGCAGGAAGCCGGGCGAGCUGAGGAUUAUGCCGAAACUCCAGGUGUCGAACGAGCAGGCUGUGUCCUUCGAAGGCUCCAUUUGGGCGCAGGCAGACCAGCCCAUGACGCUGAGCGUCUGGCAGGUGCACUGGCCGAAGGUCUGGCUGAAUUUCGAUAACUACGCGGACAGCCCACAAGAGCUCGCGAAGAUUGAGCUCUCUGAGCACUGGCGAAAGCUGAAUUUCACUGCUCAACUGACCAAGGAGCACCACCUCUACUUCACGGUGGACAGGCCCGGCGUGCUGUGGCUGGACCAGGCCGACCUGAGCGAGGUCCAGGACCCGAUGGCUCCGCUGGCCCGGGUGGCGGACCCCAAGGGGAGGGACUGGGUCCCCCUCCUGGCGCAGGACCCGUUCUCCGGCCUGCACCGGGUGCGCUAGACGGGCGUGUUCUUGAAGCUGGCUGAGUAGGCCUGGCCGCAGCCUCAGUGAUUGCCCGCUUCUGCUUCCCAGUGUCUUUAAUCCAUGUGUUGUCUUAGUUGACAUUGGCGCAUCACCAUGAGCGUCCAUGUUCUGAUACUGCCAUGCUUCCCAGAUCUUCUCGACCUUGUGCGUUCUGGUGCCGCCCUCCUUUGCCUUUCCUCCGCGGCCCCCGCGCGGCCACAGCCGUGCUCUGCUCGACCGACGCGCCUGACCGUCGAGUCGUCCUCUUCUCGCCCUCCUCGCCCACACUCGCGCUGCGGUCCCUCUCGCGUCUCACGCCGUGGCCCCUCCGCCUCGCGCCGCGGCCCACGCCGCGGCCCACGCCGCCGCGCGCCCGCCUCGCGGAGCGCAGGCUUGACGAGGGGAAACAGUGUGAGCGUUUGUAGGUGUGAGUGUUUCCCACCUGGCUCGCCCAGUGCAGCCGCCACCGAUUGUUUUUCUGCGAGCGACUCGCCCUGAUUUGUCCACCCACCUGCAACGUCGGGUGGAACUGGGGCUGAGCGUGGACCGCCUUCGCCCCUCGCUGCGGUGACGUCACCCGGCC